UCUUCCUCUACAUGAUUCCUCGGCCUUGACUUUCAAUACAUGGCUACGCUUUAAGGAGCCAGCCCUGGACCACCGAAAAACAAGUCUGCAAUGCUCAUUUUCUGAGUUUGUUCGUUACCCCGCUCGUAGCUUUUGACCCGACAUGUCGGACAAAGAGGUCAGCGGAGGGAAGGACAGUGCCCCGGAGAAAGGGUUCAGGACCCCCGGGCUGAGAGGCGUACAGACCUCCACGCUGUUCCGAGCCUUCAACCCCGAACUCUUCAUGAAACCGAAUAAACCCGUGAUGGCGUUCGGACUGGUGACCAUCACCUUGUGCGUGGGCUACCUGGGCUACAUGCACGCAACCAAGGAAAACGACCUGCAGCUGUACGAGGCCAUCGACAGCGAGGGAGAGAGCUACAUGAGGAGGAAGACCUCCAAAUGGGACUGAUGUGUUCUAUGACUAUAUGUAUUAUAUUAAUAUGUUGUGUGUGUGAUUGAAUUAAAACUGGAUGGAAGAAAGGA